GCGCGCGGCGAAUAGUGAGCUGCCAAAAAGUCCAGAGGUUCGCCGGGCGAAUUAGCGCCCGCGACGGCGUCACCCACGGCUGCGCCUGUACAUCGCCUGUACAUAGUAGUGUAAGAUAGGGCCCGCACGCGCGCCGUCGAUGGCGGCCGCCGUCACGAUGCCGCGCUCGAGCCUCGCGCCGUUCCCCGAGCUCGAGGGCUUGGCCGCGCGGCCCUUCUCCGCGCCGCCGCCGCUGGAUGGCGACGACGAGGCCCUCGGCGAGUUGCAGCGGCGGCAGAUUGAAGAUUUAUUGAAGGGGGCCUCUUCUCUUCGCUUAGAUGCUGAAGGGCUGGACCGGGCCUCUUCCUCGGAUUACUGGGCUAGGGCGCGGAGGGCUGGCGACGCCAUUCAGCGGCCCGCGUCGACGAUUGAUGGGAGAGCUUUGACGGCGGACGACGAUCGCACGCGCGAGACCCUCGAGAGCCUCUCGGCGUCCAUAGCUGCAUUAUCAGCCAAGACGACUUUUGAUGAUGAAGAACCGGGCUUGCGACGGACGCCGCCGCCGCCUCGCAUUCCUACGCCGGAAGCGCCGCGGCCGCCGUCGCCACCGAGAUCCUCGGGCAUCGGACAAUCGAUCGGCGCGCAACAGCCCCAGUACCAGCGCCAGUCCUUCUACCCGGCGGGUGCUUAUGCCCCUGCCGAUUACGGAAGGGCCAUGGUCGUGCCCGUGGUCGCCGAGGACGGGCGCGUCUACUAUCGACCGGCGGACCCGUACGGCGGCGCGCACUACGCGCCGCCGCCGCCGACGCACCACGUGGCGCCGCCCCAGAUGUACCCCGCGCCCUACGCCGGGAGUCCGCCCUUCUACGGGUCGCCGCCUACCUAUGGCACGCCGCCCUACGGGUAUUAUGCUGCUGCUCCUCCUCUGGCCUCAUCGCCGCCUCUCUACGUGCAGCCCCAGCCUCAGCAACGUCGAAGCCCUUCUAAUCGCAGAAAGAACUCGCCGGACAACCCUCUGCCGAUCUUUCCGGCGGCCGACUUGAAAGGUAGAGUAGCAUCUCUGUGCCGAGACCAGCACGGCUCAAGAUUCCUGCAAGCUCAUCUCGAGGACCCGAAGGGCGAUUCCGCCGAACGCGACCUCAUCUUCGCGGAAGUCUUACCUAGGUCCAGGGAACUCGCGACGGACGUUUUCGGUAAUUACGUCGUGCAAAAAGUUCUGGCGAGAGGGGCCGCGGAGGCGCGACGAGCGGUGUUUCGCCAGUUGGACCAGCACGCCGUCGAGCUGGGGACGCACGUCUACGGGUGUCGGGUGGUGCAGAAGGCCCUUGAAAUGUUGGCACCGGGCGACGCGGCUUCAUUAGUGGAAGAACUGCGGAAGGACGCGUUGCGCUGUGUCCACGACCAACAUGGGAAUCAUGUGAUCCAGAAGUGCGUCGAGGUGACCGCUCGAGCGGCUUGCGAGGAGUCUAGUGACAAGGAUGUGACCAAAUUAGCAGUCUUAGGUGAGCAGCUCCUCGGGGAGUUCGCUACCAGAGCUAGAAGCUUAGCGGCGCAUCCGUUCGGGUGUCGGGUCCUUCAAAGAGUCCUGGAGCACUGGGGCCGGGCUUUACGCGAUCCGGCAGCUCGGGGCCACAAGGCGGUCGCUCGCUUGGUCGACGAGCUCGUGAACCAAGGGAGAGAUGUCGCACCCUUACUGGAACACCAGUACGCGAACUACGUGAUGCAGCACUGCAUCCAGUUUGGGCGGCCGCAGGAUCGCUCGGCGACGAUCCGCGAAGUCAAGAACCACUUGGUGGACUUCUCUAGACACAAGUUCGCUUCGAACGUGGUGGAGAAGUGCCUGGAAUUUGGCGACGAUUCAGACAGGAAGGAUCUGGUGGCUCGCGUUGUCGGUGACGCGGCGGCUCCGCAGAAUCUCAAAUUACUAUUGGUGGACCCCUUCGCGAACUACGUGGUGCAGAAAGUAGUAGAUUUAGCUGACAGAGAUCAAGUGAUGACCAUCGCGGCGGCUUUACGUCCUGUGGCUGCUCAAGUGAGACACACGCCCGGCAAGCACAUUAUUACCAGACUGGAGAAGAAGGUGCCGGGCCUCAAACUCUGAACGUUGGUGCCACAACGCUAAAAACGGCCGCCCCCCUGGCGACGGGGUACUUGUACAUACGCUCAAGAGAAAAUCAGACGCCCGCCCCCCCUCACCCCCCUGUACAUACCUUGUAUAUAGUAACGUAACGAC